GUAGCAAGUAAAUUGGCGCGCAAAAAGUCAAAGCUCCUUUUGAAGUGUGUCGAAAGGUUCCUACCACCGUGCAUCACUUCAGCUAUGUACAGUAUUACCAUAGCAAGGAACUCUGACAGAUCCUGGAUUUUACUAGAAUGUGUUACUGCUUGUUUGAGUUUUAUUUCUUUGUUGAACAACAACCCCGACCAUUACAGCUUUUCUCUUCCCUAUGGCGCAUUCAUUCAUGUUUGAAUGUUUCUCAGCUGUAGGCACUGAUCAUCUACUUCAAGUAGUCAGCAUCAAUUACAGUUAUGCUCUUGGGAUUCUUAUUGUCAUAUGGAUUAUACUUCUUUUCACUUCUUGUAAAAAUCCAUUUAAAUCUAGCGAAAGUAUAAAGCUAAAUUGCUGGUAUUGCAAUCAUGAUUCAUAUAUAACCCUUGGCAAAAGGGAAACCCAGGAGUACUGGUUAUGCGCUUUUUGUGGAAGUGAAAAUGCGAGAAGUCAGUCAGGAGAAGUGAUCGAUCCUCCACCACUUGUUCCAGAGAACAAACUUCAGAGAUUUGCCAGUUUUAUUGAAGAGGACCCAACACCAAAUAAGAGCAAAUACUCUCUCUGUAACGACUGCCAAGAAAAACAGCAAUUAAAGUUGAAUUUGUUACGUGAUUAUAUUCCAGAUGAAAAUGACCCAGAAUAUAAAAGGAAAUGCAAAACUGCUGCUGCUUUCAAAGAAUCUUUAGAUAAACAAUAUGAAAUUUGCGAGAGUUGCCAAAAAAUGCUACAACAACUAAAAGCAGAGGAUGCCUCUUUGUUUAUGUCCAAGAGACUGGAAUUAUUGUUGGAGGACAAUAAACGAUAUGGCGUGCCUGUCACCAUAUCAGCAAAUUAUCAUCUGAGGAGAGGCUUCUUUUGGUUGACUGUUCAUCUUGGAACAAUUUUAUACUUGAUCUAUGCAUGCUAUCAUCCGCCAUCUACCUCUAAUUUUACGCUGGUUAAGGAAUUAUGUAACAAAGCUUUCAAUUUUUUGACAGCAUGUUUACAGACUUCAGACAAGGAAGAGAUUAUUGUCAAGCUCAUGUCUGCUUUUGAAACAUAUACCAAAUCGCUCUUCGAAAGAGUCAUCAAAUGCGCUGCACACGCCAUAUACUGUUUGAAUAAGGCCGAUACAACAAACAAAGACUGCGAUGCUGAUAUAAAAGAGUUCUUCAUAGAAGCACUUGUUAUAAAUAUCCUUUCUUACAAGCUUAUUCAUUGGCAUCCAUUACUAAGGAAGGCAUACAACAAAGUAAAUCGAUUUCAUCAUUGGCAAAGCUAUCUGAUCGUUCAAAAUGCUUUAUUCUAUUGUCGAUUCGUCAUUCUUCUCUAUUUGAGAUUCCCUGCUGUCUGGUUAACAUUCUACGUACUCACGCUAGCUUACUCAACUUUUAAAGUAAGAAUUAAAGGCAAAUACUUGGCACUUACACCAAGAAUAUAAGGGAAGCAAGCAGUUGCAUGUAAGUUGUAUAGUGUCACUCUUAUUCAUAGCAUUGUAGAAAUAUAAAAGCAUCGCAUUAUAUGCAUUUUUUGUUUUCCAUUUAUGAGACAACAUGAAAACAAUAAAAAAAGUAUAUUUUUAAACAGUAUGAAUGCGAGUAUUUUGAUACGUAUUUAUCAAGUGAUGGCUUACAUUUUAUUCACAAGUUAUUCGCACGCUGACAACAAAUAACGAUAAAAGAGAGCUCAUCAGAAGUAAAAGAAUGAAUAAAGAAAUGAUU